ACGAGGUGGUGCCAGGAGCAGCCAAUCAUUCUUGUUUACAAAUGAACAUCGUGAAUUUGAAGGUUUGGAGGGCUUUUGCGAGAGUUAUUGUGAUUUGUGAAGCACUGUGUUAGCCGUAUCUGAAAUAUUAAUUUAUGUUGUAUGAUAUGUAAAAAUAAUUCCAAUAAAACAUCUGGUACUUGUGAUAUUGUAGUAUUUUUUUGUUUACGUAGAAGUCAUUGUAACGUGAGUGUAGAUAGUUGUAGGUUAGGUUGCCAAACCAUAAAUUUAACAAAUAGAUACGUUGGAGAUCCGAAAAUGUGUGAACUUCUAAGAAGCAAUUUUGAUGAAAGAUAUUCAGAAGUGGAGGCAAUUUUAAAAAGUGCUGCUUUCAUUGCCAUUGACUGUGAAUUUAGUGGACUUCUGUCCAGUCCAGAACACAAAUCAAGCUUAUUUGAUGCUGGCUGGGAACGUUAUGUUAAUCUUAAAAACAAUGUGCAAGAAUUUAUGAUAAUGCAAGUUGGAAUGACAGCAUUUGCAUAUGACAGAGAAGGUCAAAAGUACACAGCUUAUUCUUUCAGUAUACCCAUAUUUCCAAGAACAUGUUCAUCAGUUGAUCGAAAGUUUUUGUGUCAAGCUUCAUCCUUUGAGUUUUUAUGCCACUAUAAUUUUGAUUUCAAUAAGGUUGUGUAUGAAGGUGUUCCUUUUCUCAGUUAUGAACUUGAAUCUCAAUUGAGAGAAGAAUUGAAACAAGGUAUUCUUUUCAGACACCUAGAAAGAACAGUGUCUAUGGAUGAUGAAAGGAAUUUACAGAAAGAAUGUUCACGUGUUGCUGAAUGGGCACAUAGUGCUGUUGAAGGAGACAUUUUGAAACUCUCUUCAGAAAGCACUAGGUAUCAAAGUGGUAAACUUGCAGAGUAUUUGUUACUAAAAGAACUUCGUAGAAGAUUUCCUUCUGUAUGGUCAUAUAUAGAAGAUGGAUGUGUUCAAGUGAAGAAAGUUUCAACAGUCAAUAGAAAGUGUCUUCAGGACAAUGAAGAAGAAUCCGUAUUACAAGAAAAUCUUGUCAAACAUUUCCUUGGAUUUUCUCGAAUAUUUAAACUUCUUACGGAAUUGCAGACUCCAAUUGUUGGACACAAUUUGCUUUUAGAUCUCAUGUUAAUGUAUAAUCAGUUUUACAAGCCGUUACCUGAAUCGUACACAACUUUCAAGAAAGAUAUCAAUACUUUGUUUCCUACAAUAUUGGAUACCAAGUAUAUAAGUUUUGAAGCAAAGCGAAUUAUUGGAAGAGACAAACUUGUUUCUAAUGCAUUAAACAACCUUUAUGAAUUCUUUAAACAAGGACCUGGUGCCACUUUGACGACACCUGCUCCAGGAGUAGAAUUUGCAGCUGAAUAUAUUCCUUCCAACCUUCACGAAAAUUUCCAUGAAGCAGGAUGGGAUUCAUAUUGCACAGGCUUCUGUUUUAUAAAGUUGGCUUAUGUGUUUGCUGAAAAGCUGCAUGGCAAUAACCCUUUUGAUGUUCUUUCCAGCCCUGAAAAACCAAUGUUAUAUAAAAGCUAUACUAAUUUGGAGCUCCAAAAAGCUGUCAGCCAUUUAAAGAAUCGUGUAAAUGUUGUUAGAGCUGAUAUAUCAUUCAUUACAUUUGAUGGAGCAGACCCUAAGUCGGAGAGGCCACAGUGGCUACAUGUUAGAGCUAGACAGAAUAAAUACUUAGACUCUUCGCAGGUUGCAGAAUUACUUGCAAAAUGUGGAGUUGUGGAUGUGAAAUCAUACUCCAGAUACCAAGCUUUAGUGGCAGUUGGAAACCAUAAAACAAGAAGCAGCGUCUUGAGACUGUGUAUUGUGGGGCGUUUCCGCCCGGCGGCGCUGGGCGCUGGAAUUAGAACCGGCGGUGGGGUGGGCGACGGGGAUGGGUCCGGUGGUGGUGCUGGGGAUGCAGGGAAUGACGAACAUGAUUGUAAACUUCACGAAUGGAUUGGUGAUGUUUGCAAUGAUGGAGACGACAACGGCGUUGUUGCGAGGGCUGGAGAACACAGCAGCAGGACAGCUGAUGCGCUCUUCACCGAUGACGACCGUGGAUGA